CUCGUCACUCUCCAACUCUAUUCAGCUUUUUUCUCUUCAAGCUUGAACCAAAACAAACAAGCGGCAACAUGGUUGUGUGGACUGAUCAAGAGCGUUCUACCAUCACCUCCAUCAUGGGUGGCUUGAACUACGAGGUUGAUGGCCCCAAGGCUCUUUCCAGGUGUCUGAUUGUCUACCCCUGGACCCAGAGAUACUUUGGCGCCUUCGGCAACCUCUACAACGCCGAGGCCAUCAAGAACAAUCCCCAGAUCGCAGCCCACGGCACCAAGAUCCUGCACGGUCUGGACCGGGCUCUGAAGAACAUGGACAACAUCAAGGAGACCUACGCUGAGUUGAGCGUGCUGCACUCUGAGAAGCUGCAUGUGGAUCCCGAUAACUUCAAGUUGUUGGCUGACUGUUUGACCAUCGUCAUUGCCGCCAAAAUGGGAACCAGCUUCGGCCCGGACGUCCAGGCCUCCUGGCAGAAGUUCUUGAGUGUGGUUGUGUCUGCUCUGGGAAGGCAGUACCACUAAACCCAGACACUGGAAAUGGGGAUUCGACAUGUGUUUCCAUAUGUUUGUCUUCUCCCUAAAGAAAUAAAAGCUCCCUAAAGCAAA